AUGCGCUACUCGUCAAUCCUCGGCCUUGCAACCGCCCUAUGCGGCGGCGCAACAUUUGCGGCACCGAUCGACGCCGUCCAAAUGGGCUCCAAGCACAACCUUUACCUCUCAACGUGCACCCGUCGCUCCACAGCGCCUCCCAUCCCAAGCUGCCCGCUCAUCAUUCUAUGCCCAAAGGCCGAACCCGCCGCAAGCAACGGAAACCCGACCGAGAUUGCCACCGUCAGUGAUCCAGCGCAGUCGUGGGAAGGAACGUUGCGAGUGGCCAACUUGCGCACCAGCGCCUUUUCGUCAAACAUCAACGCUGACGCGGCGGGGCUGGAGAAGAGCGCGAUGGCAGGGCAGGCGAAACUGGGCACUGAGGACUUUGUUUGCUUCAAGGAUGGGGAGACGGCGUUUACGGCGAGGGAUGGCUUGCAGCAGGCCUCAUGCACGGCGAACUACUGGUGCGCGUCUCUUUCGGUGUGA